AUGGCAUUAGGCUGCAAUGCUUCCUGUGGGGUGGCAUUAGGCUGCAAUGCUUCCUGUGGGGUGGCAUUAGGAUGCAAUGCUUCCUGCGGGGAGGCAUUAGGCUGCAAUGCUUCCUGUGGGGUGGCAUUAGGAUGCAAUGCUUCCUGCGGGGUGGCAUUAUGUUGCAAUGCUUACUGCAAGGUGGCAUUAGGAUGCAAUGCUUCCUGUGGGAUGGCAUUAGGAUGCAAUGUUUCCUGCGGGAUGGCAUUAGGUUGCAAUGCUUCCUGUGGGAUGACAUUAGGAUGCAAUGCUUCCUGCGGGGUGGCAUUAGGUUGCAAUGCUUCCUGUGGGGUGGCAUUAGGAUGCAAUGCUUCCUGCGGGGUGGCAUUAUGUUGCAAUGCUUACUGCAAGGUGGCAUUAGGAUGCAAUGCCUCCUGUGGGAUGGCAUUAGGAUGCAAUGCUUCCUGUGGGAUGGCAUUAGGAUGCAAUGCUUCCUGUGGGGUGGCAUUAGGAUGCAAUGCUUCCUGUGGGAUGGCAUUAGGAUGCAAUGCUUCCUGUGGGGUGGCAUUAGGAUGCAAUGCUUCCUGUGGGGAGGCAUUAGGAUGCAAUACUUCCUGUGGGGAGGCAUCAGGAUGCAAUACUUCCUGUGGGGAGGCAUUAGAAUGCAAUGCCUCCCUAAGAAUUAAUGAGGUGCUCACCUACAUAUCCGACACAUAG